AGAUUCAAGGGACACAGUUAUAUUUCUAGUUAGAAAAUUUAGUGAUUGAUCAGCGUGGGAUUCUAGCCCCCAAAAUGGGGUUACCGGAGCCGCGAUUUAAUGCGCAGAAGGCCUCAGGCGUCUUCCCAGUAACAGGCCCCUGUGAAUUGCCGCCAUUUUAGUUCAGCGGGAGGAGGGAGUACGCAAGCGCAGUUAGCGCGUUGAUGUCACAAGCAUUGAACAAUUAUGAGAGCUGGAUAGAAAACGAGAGACAGAGCAGCCAGUCCAAAAACUUCUAAACUCAUUCUGUCUGACCUUGAUCUCCUUGAACUGCUGCAGUUCGUGUGGUGAAGCUGUCUGAAAAAGAAUAAAAGAAUUUUCAUCCAGUGAUGAUAAGGAGGAAAUCGGAGCACCCAGAGGAAACCCACACAGACACAGGGAGAAUGUGCACACAGGGAGAAACUCCACACAGACAGUUGCCCGAGGUUGGACUCGAACCUGGGACCCUGGUGCAGUGAGGCAGCAGUGCUAACCAGUGAGCCACCGAAAUCAUUUAUCCUUCCCUGAACCAGUCAGGCUGAAGCAAAAUCCUGGAGCAGGGUCUGUUCUUCAUGGGAGAGAGGAAGUGUCAGAAACCCAAGACAGCUGGGACCCACUGGAAUGUUUCACAUGGUUUUUAAGAAGAGGAGGCUAUGAAGUCAAUAAUCUGAACCCAAACAUUACAUCAGAAUCUGAGAGAGUUGCCAACGUAUCACUGAGUGUUGAACAUGGAAGAAGAAAGCACUGUUUCCAGCAAGGAGAGGCUGUACACGGAUUCUAUGUGUGGGCAAGACUCCAACCAAUCAGCUGGCCUGACAGAACAUAAACAUGCUCAUACUGAUGAGAAACCGUGGAAAUGUGGGGACUGUGGGAGAGAAUUCUUUCAUCCAUCCAAACUGAAAAUUCACCUGCGUAGCCACACCGGGGAGAGGCCAUUCACCUGUUCUGAGUGUGGGGAGGGAUUCACUCAAUCAUCCACUCUACUGAUUCACCAGCGAGUUCACACUGGAGAGAAACCAUUCAUCUGCCCUGAAUGUGGCAAAGGAUUUACUCAAUCAUCCACCUUGCUGAGACACCAGAGAGUUCACACUGGCAAGAGACCAUUCACCUGCACAGAGUGUGGGAAGAGAUUUAUCAAUUCAUCAAACCUGGUGACACACCAGCGAGUUCACACUGAUGAGAGACCAUUUAAAUGCCCAAUCUGCGGCAAGUGUUAUAAAAGUUCUGGGGAGCUGAUGCUCCAUCAACGUGUUCAUACGGAUGAGAGACCUUUCAGGUGCUCUGACUGUGGGGCUGCGUUUAGGCGAUCAUCUUACUUGACUGUGCACCAUCGAGUUCACACUAGGGAGAAGCCAUUCACCUGCACUGACUGUGGGAAGGGGUUCUCUCAGUCAUCCCACCUGUUGGUACACCAGCGUGUUCACACUGGGGAGAAACCCUUUACCUGCUCUGCCUGUGGGAAAGGUUUCAGUCAGUCAUCCCACCUGCUGAGGCACCAGCACAUUCACACUGGGGAGAAGCCAUUCACCUGCUCCAGCUGUGGGAAGGGAUUCACACAGGUAUCACACCUGCUGAGUCACCAGAGAGUUCACAACUAACUGCAGUGAUUGGAUUUUACUAUGAACCACAUCCAGGAGAGAGCCAUGUUCAUUGUGGUCUGUUUCUGAUGUUACUUUUACCCAGUUAGAGGGUUAAUGUUGACAAACAUCAUAUAAACCAGCUUUGUGUAAAACACAGUACAUGCCACCUCCUUACUGUCUUUAACACAGAUGUCUCUGUUUUGAAUUACUCUCUCUCCCCUUCAUCCUUACCUUGAGCAAGUUUUGUUGUCACUGAGAUGGAGACAAUCUGUGCAACUGCCUCUGCCCAGACUGAGAAAAGUGCUAUGGAAAUCUGAGUGAUCUGAUUUCCCACCAAUGUAUUUACACACACAGCAAAGACCAUGCAGGUGCUUUCACUGCAGGACUGGCUUCAGACAAUCACCUGACCUCACUGUUAGCCAAUCAUUUCACACUGUGGGGAGGCUGAUCACUUGCUGUGAGAGUGGGAAGACUUGCUCAGAUACCCCACCUUCUGAGACACCAGCGAGUUCAUUAGUAACUGCAGGAAUUGGAUUUGCUGUUAUUCAAAUGCUGGGACCAUCCAUUUCUCAUUUCAUCUAUUUCUACUGAUAUUAAUAAAC